AAAAAAAAACUGGGGAAAAAAAAUAGUCCAAGUUCAGCAUUCUGAAUAGCAGACCCUUCCAAACACUGGGAUUUCUGCACAGCAAGUCAGGGUGAGCUGAGCAGCGAGCUGCUGCCCAGCGAGGUGCACAGCCCUGAGCCUGGGCUUCUCCUGCAGUGCCUGUACCCUGGGGGCCAAUUCAUAUCGGCCCUCAUUGUUAUCUCUCCUGUUCACAUGCUUUUUUUUCCCUUUGUUACUCUGCUUUCCUUCCUUGUUUUUAAAGAAUAGCUUAUCUGUGUGCCCCAGAAGGGUGUGACUCAGGGAGAUCACAGCAAGCUGAAGUGCAGCAGCUGGCUGCAGGAACACAUGCUGAGGUUCUCAGACACGGCGAGCACCCAGAGAUGUGUACCGGUGGGAGAAAGACCGUGCUCCUGCUUCAGCCCUCCACCGCCCCGCUCCAGGUGGGGCAGAGCCACUGCAACACAGUGGUGCUUCGACACGUCGACUGUGUGCACCUGGUGACCAGAUCUGGGUCGUAUUGCUGGGUCAGAACAUGCAUCUGAGCUCUGAUGGGACGUGAGCAAACCGGGCUGGUCCUGUCACACCAUGGCACGCUUACCUGCCUUGUGCACGUGUGCAACCUUGUUAUUUCAUUGGGUUGUUGCAAAGCUUCUAAGUGAUUGAGUUCUUUUUCUGCCUCAGAGUGCAGUGCCCAUGUUGCUGCUGCUCCAAGCAUUGCAGGAGGAGAUGAAACUCCAAUUUUUGUUUUGGUUUUGUUUGUUGUAAAGAAGCUUUAUGAUGGGUGACAGAGCAGAGUCUCUGAUGACUGUGCAUCUUCUCGCCAACUCAGGAUACUCAGCGUUUCUGCAGCAAGCUCUGGAUCGGCUCUUGGAGUGGAUCUGCCCAGAUGUUCAACUUUUCUUUGUGUCCGAGCGAGUUGCUCCACUGAAAUACUACAAGAGGUACCACAGGAGGAACUGCGGCUUUCCUGGGAUAUCUGUCCUCCUUUUUCUGCAUGAGGACCUGGGAGAAGAGCGGAUUCUCCAGGUCCAGGAUCUCCUCCAGCGCCCGCCCUGGCGCUACCAGUGUGUCCCGACCGCUUGGGAGCAAAGUCCUCCCCACACUCCAGCUUCCCAGGGCUUCUAUGGCCUGGAUGACCAGAUGCCUGUGUGGGGUAUCCGGCGGGUGCGCUUUGGCCCCGAAGUCCUGCGUGUGACCCUCUACUGCAGCUUUGAUAACUAUGAUGAUGCGGUAGGGCUGUAUGAGAUGAUCCUGCGGAAAGAAGCAACCAUGCAGAAAAGCAACUUCUGUGUCUUCGUGCUGUAUGCCACUAAAACUAUUGCUGUCCAGCUCUGCCUGAAGCAGCUGCCCAUUGGGAUGGCUGCUGAGCCCAAGGAGUCAUCGCUUUUGCAGUUCAAGGUGCAAGAAAUGGGGCAGCUGGUGCCUCUCCUGCCCAAUCCGUGUGUUCCUAUCAGCAGCACCAGGUGGCAAACACAGGACUAUGAAGGAAAUAAAAUUCUGCUUCAGGUGGAGGACAGCUCCAAGCAGAGUGAAACAAACACUGGGCUUGUCAAGCAGCGCAGUGCCGUGGGUGUGGAAGGACUGCCAUGCAGCUCUGUCGCAGCCCCUCUUCCCGUCAUUCCGUGCAGUGCUGAGCAGGGAGGCCAGCAGGCCCGUGCCUCGAGGGGCAGAGUGAUGUCUGUGCCAGGCCAGGCCCUUCCUGCACAGCAGGCCACUGGCGGCCUCUUCGGCUCUUCUCGGAGCACCACAGUGCCCUCCUGCCAUGUGCUCACAGGCAGCGGGCUGCAGGAGGGCUGCCUGUGCUGGCCGGCAGCAGAGACCAACGUGGACACAGGGCUGGCUGUGGGCAGAACUGCAGGUGGUCGCUGCUCUCUGUGGCACAGCCUCCUACAACCACGGGCGCUGGGCACAGCCUACACCACCCUGCGUUGUGUGCGGCCGCCAUCUUCUGUGGCCAGCAGGAGGAAAGGAGCGGGCCACGGGGCUCCAGGCUCCCAUAUGCAAAAACAGAGAGCCAGCCCUGGAACCAGGCCCGAGGAGGAAGAGGAGGAGUUCUUCAUAUGACUGGAAACAUGCCCAAGGCAGGCUCCUCAUUUCUGAGUGGUAUCAACGUGAUUUUGACUGGAAGCGCAGGGGCUGGGCUGUGUUAGGCUGUGUGCAGGGUGAUGGAAACACUGACUGGGUCUGAAACAACAGAAGAUGAGAGGCUGGAGGCUCAGAGGAACAGCUGAAGAGCAAGCAGGGCAGAAGAAAUGGAGCCGUGCAGGAGCAAGGAUGUUGAAAUGACACGCUGCUGGUGGGGUGCAGGCAGGGUGCACUUGCCUUCCACUUAUUUCACUGGACGCUGAACAAAAAAAACUCAGACCCACAUUUUCCUAUGAGCUAUAAAGGUAGUGCUUUCAAGAGCCAGAGAGCACUCUGCUGAGCUGGGAGGGCAGUGGAGCAGAGCGGCUCUGCUGCAGUUGGGGUGAGGGGAACAGGUGUGGAAGGAAACCUGGGGGCACCAGUCUGGCUGUGGGUGUGGAGGGGCGGUGAUGAACCCAGGAGUGGGAUUCCUGGGACAAGCGGCUUUAAACAGGCACUUUUUUAUGACCAAGUUGUGGAGGGAUGGGAGUGCUGCUCUGGGUGUGCGCAUGAAGGCGUGGGGCUCUGUGGGACCAGCAUCACAACCCGGACAGGCACCAGGCAGUGCCACCCAUGGCUCAGGCUGCUGCAGUCACUGAGUGUGCCAUGGCCAAGGCCUCCUGCUGAGGAGCAGCUGCUGAGCUGCACUCCCCUGUCCUGAAUUUUGUGCCAAAUCGCCAGUUGGUGUCUCUACUGACUCAGGAACCGUGGAGAUGUGGUGCUGAGGGGCAUGGAUUAGUGGGCAUGGUGGGGAUGGGUUGACAGUUGGACUAGAUGAACUUAGUGGUCUUUUCCAACCUUCAUGAUUCCAUGAUUCUAAGAAUGUGGCGGCUGCUGUGCGCGCUGCGCGCUCCUGGCGCGGCUGCACAGUGCUCCUGCACCCCGGGCAUCGCGUGCCCUUGUCACGCGUGGCGGCGACUCGUGCAGAGCCGGACCCUCGAGGCGAGCUGGCCACUCGGCAGCCCCCCGCUGAAGCCGGCGGCGGUGCGGGGCUGCAGCUCCUCCUGGUGCCCACCCGCGGCCCUGCAAGCGCUCCCGGCCCGGCCCAUCGCGCCGCAGCCGGGGCUGCUGUCCUCGCCUCCGUCGCUGCUGGAUCCGCCCGGUACACGGGCAGUAAAAGAGGUGAUGAUGACAAACGGAGCCGAUCUAUUCCACCUUCGUUCAUUUUCUCAGCUGACAAGCUACCUCGGCAAUUAAGGAGAUCUGUCAUGUAGGUGAUGGGGGGGAAACGGAGACCUUCCCGAACGCGUCUCACUGGUUAGAUGGCAGCCUCAGGUGCUGAUGCGCUGCAAUUUCAUAUGCAUUUGUUACAGGGUAUUUGCUGAGUAUACAGAAAGUUUAAGACAAGGGACCAGUGUGAUGGUGAGAGACCUUUUUCAAAAAAGCGCUCAGCUAGACCGAUUUUUCUGUUGGUGCAGGAAAAAAAAAAGUAGUAAAUCAUUAGUUUUAACUGGGAAUAAUUUAAUUCCAAAAGUUAAAAUCAAAAUUUCUCCCCUUGUAUCCGUAACCAAGGAGCAGUGGGUCACCCUCCGGCCAUCGGGUACUGAGUCCACACGUGCUGGCGGGGCUGAGGCCACGCAGCGUGAGGGAACACUGUUCUCUAAUGAUGAAGAACGGAAGCUCCUGCUGGGACCCAAGCGAGGUGGAGCAGCGGCCUGGUGAGGGGAAGCAGGGGUGAGCAGGGCCCUAUGGCACGCUCUGCAUGAGACACGCAUCCUUUCCUUGUGCCAUUAAAGCCAGCCUUUGACCCUUCCUGGUACAUUUGCCCUCUGCUCGCACUUCAAGCCUGUCCCAGCUCUGUGUCCCUCUCUGCAACCAAGGGGCAUGAGGUACCUGAGCACGGGGAUGACACAGGAGCAUGCGUGCCUCAGCUGGUACUGAGCUCCCCAGACUUAAUGUGCUCCUGAGGAGGAGGGAUGUGCAGGAAGGACCCAGCCGGAGUACGAUGUGCUUUCAUCCUGCAGUCUCGGUACCAGAGAGGCUUAUCCCCGCGCUGGCUGUCAGUGCUUUGUAGCUCUCAUCAGCCACAUGUGUGGCAGGCACCCUGCAGUGCCCCUGGGCUCCCCAGGUGUUGCACAGGAGCUUUGCUUUUGGUCAGUAAAGCUUGACGCCCUGCAUCCUUAGUGCCUCACUGAAAUGAAGUGUCAGAGGUCUUUACUUCCCCCCAUGUACAGCUAUUCCUACAGAAUAACAAAGCACACAUCGUGGAGCUAUUUCUUUCUUCUGCCAUGUAGUGAGUUUCAUUAUGUGUGCAGAAUGCACCCGAUCAGCCCAGGACUGAGAGCUCAGUUGUGCUGUGUGUUGGGGGAGAGGCAGGGCUCACAGCUGGGUUGGGCGCUGAGCAGGAAGGGUUGAUGCAUUGGGCAGUGGUCAGCAUGGGGCUGCGCACCCUGCAGGAGGCAAUGGCACCUUCAGUGACGCUCUCUGUCUCCUCCUCCAACACACUGCUCCCACCACCAAACCUGCAUUGCAGUUUGCUCUGCUGUUCUUUUUGAUGUUUAAUUCUCAUAAUUUGAAGGGGGCUUUGAGAGGGCUCCAUCUCCCAUGGAGCACUGGCAUUAACAUUCCGGUGCAGAAUCUCAGUUCUGCUGAUUGCAGGCAAGGGCAGAUCCGAUUUCUAUUAGUGUGAAUUAAUAUUCCUGAAGAGUCCCCAAAUCUUUCUUCUCCCCUGCCGCCCUCCCCAGGCGCUGGCAGCCCGGCUGUGCUGGGAGGUGAUUAGGUUUGUAAAUGCAUUCCUGCAGGCACUUGGUGACACUGGGAGUUGUCUCAUCUCGCUUGUGCAGCUGAGAUGGUGACAGCCCCGCUUCCCUAAUUGGGAUCAUCUCGAAUCUCAUCUUGGCAUCAGAGUGUUGUGCUGAGCGGGCAGGAGCAGGGUGGCUCAGCUGUCGCAGUUGGUACCAGGCAGAUGCUCGUCUCCCAGGCAUGGAGGUGGGCCCAGACGGGCCCUGACAAGCGCUUGGGACAGGAAGGAGCCCUGCUCAGCAGCACUCUCUGUCCCAUGGGGCUGCAGCAAGACUGCACCACCUGCUCGUGUCCUCUGCUGGGCCAAGCAGAGUAAAGGUCUGUGCCAGGCUCCACGCAGGAUGGCGCCAGCCCUUCGUUCCUGCCAUGGUUCAUUACAAAGCAGCGGGGAAACACCCUGCCUUGGCUGCAGGAGUGCCUGCCUCUGCAUGGCUGCCAGCUGGAUGGUACUAGCUGAUACUGCUGCCUGAGCAUCUCUUCUUGUCCCUGCAUUUGUAUUCCAGCAUCACUGCUUUUUCUCUGUCCACACCUGCCCCUUCCCUCAGCUAACGCCUGCGGGCCCUGUGGCUGCUGUGCAGGAGGUGUGGGUGUCCAGAUCCCAGGACAGUGGGCAGAGGUAAGCAGGGUGACCUAGAGGGGCAGUUCUGAGGGCUGGGUUGCCAGCUGCAGCCAUAGGGUCCCGAGGCUCCUCCACACUUAUUAUUGCUGAAAACUGGAGUGGAGAGAGCAUCUAUCAGAGUUAAAGUACCCAGGCCAGGAUAGCUGUUAUCCUUGCUUUCUCCUCACACCCCAACUUGCCUCCUGCCUGCCACAGCCACGCUGUGCAGAACAUGGGCUGCAUGCCUCCUGGCCAUGGGUAGAGGGGUCUGAGCUAUCUUGUUCCCACGUUACUCUUUGGAGACAUGCUUGGAGUGGAAGGCUGGUUUGUGUUUUUGCUUUUGAUUUACCAGAAUUGGCUUACAACGCCCCCGGGAUUCUCAGUUCAAACAAACAAAGGAGAUUACGCUCAAGGAACUUCCCGGGAUGAUACAAGUAAUGUGAUACAAGUGGGCACAAAGGGAGCAUGUUUUGGCCAAUCCAGGAGCUGGAAGCUUUGUUUUCAGUCUGGCAGUGGAUACAAACAAGCGGAUUUUAGUUGCGUUCCUCUCCCUCCCACAUUUGUUGAUCAUGUCAGAUUGACACAUCUUCAAAAAGUAUUAGUAAUGUAUUAGCAUGCAUUAGUAAUGGCACAAAGAGCUGCUUCCUUCAGACCAGACCACGGGGAAAACCCAUAAUGGUCUCUGGGAUGGGUGAGGGAGGAAGUAAAUGAGCAUUAGGAAACCAUGUCUUGUGGAUUGAUCAUGGAAUUUCUCCAUGUCUAUACCCUCUUUCCCAGGGCUUCCUGAUACACCAGGUACAGCAUACUUUCCCGAAGGGAGGUGGGUAGCUGGGAGAUGGCCACCAACUUGCUGGGACCACCAGAACUGUCGCAGUGGGUUAGAUGCUGAGAAGCAAUGCCUGGGCUCUGCUGAAGGGGACUCUGGCCAUCAGCUGCUGUCACCCACAGGCCCGUAGUGUCACGCAGAGGGGGCACUGAGCUCCCUCCCCGCAUGUAUCAGCUCCCCAAAGCCCCUGCUCUGGUUUUAACCAUGCUGAGGGUUUUCCUGGGAUGGGACAGGGUGGGGGUAGAACUUCAUUGACAGUUCUGCUGUGGUUUUUCAUCUUGAUUUAAUUCAGAACUACCAGGCUUUGUGGAGGGAAUAGCUGAUUGCAGGAAUGCAUCGUACUGAUGCUUACCAGAUACUUUUUUAGAUGGGAAAAUCUUUCUGUGUCACGAGAAAGUUUGCAAAUGUUAGUUUUCUUGUAAAUCAGAGUGAAACCAGAUUUCAAGAGCUUUCAAUUUCUCCCAAACAUUGAGGUUUAGCCACCUUCAGCCCCAGAUCUUGCAGCUGGCUGGAGCUGCUGAGUAACCUCUUUCCAUGGUACACAGCACAAGGUGUUGAAAAACCUGAGGCAAGAUGCGGUGCCAAGCCAAGUAUUUUAUAUUGAGGAAGAGCAAAACUUUUAUUUCUUGUAGCCUUAUUUUGUUUUUAUAUGUAUUUUGUAGCUUUAUUUUUUUCAUAUUAUGCCGUAACGGAGACUUUUCUUUUGGUUUCAUUGUUCAAGUCCGGUAACAACCACUGUUGUGUUUGCAAGCUUUAUGUGAUGACAGCCUGAGUGCCUCCCCAGCAUUUUGUUUCUUCCUGUGCCAGAGCGCUGGCUUAGCCUGCAUCCAGCAGCACCCAGGGCUUGCUCUCCCAUGCUCCACUCAGCACAUCCCACCUUGCACCAUGCUGGCAAGGGCAAGAAUGGAGAAUGACUGGUAAAACACUUUUUUCCAUCUUUCAGAUUGCACUUGCACUGCUUAUCUGGCUGCUUGAUCUGUGAGAACGUGUCUCAGAGCAUCUGGAAGCAUGUGGAUAGCUUCCAUCCCCUCCCAGAGACUUGCGGGUCCUGGCUGCGCACAGGAGGAGGAUGGGAUAUUUGGAGCCACAGCCGCUCUGCAUGGCAGCAUGCCUGUGAGGUUUGCUGUGCUUGGAUAGAGCAGAACUGUGCAAAAACAGAACAAGAUGGGAUUUUUCCAGGUUUAAUUUGAGCUUUAACUUGUUCCAAGUGUAACAUUGAGAUUUGACCACUUCUUUUGUUUUCCAUGCUCUUCUGCGCUCUGUGGCAGCAGCAGUCACAAGUGUCAGGCCAUCAUCAAAGCCUGGCUUGAGUUGUAUGUGAAGGAAACUAUGCUGACAAUGAAAAUGCUUGCAGGGUAUUGCCACGCCAAGGCUGUGUGCAGGUUUGGCACCCACUUCUCCCCCUGCACCCAUCACAGUGAUCUCGGAGCUCGGUGGGUGAAGGUGGGAGCAGGGCCACUUGUGGCAGCCAUGGUGCUGGGAGCUGAUGGGAUUCGUGUCUGCGUUUCUCUGUUGUUGUUCUGGGUGGAACUUGUGUGAGUAAACCUAUUGUGGUUUUCAGUUAAUGUGCAGUUAGAGAAGGAAGAUUAUUUGAGUAUUUGCUCUGUAUGUUUCUCCUUUGUCUUUUGUCUUGCUUGACUGAUACACAGCAAUGCACUUUGGCAACCUUAGCCUCCCUGUCUAUCCUCAUUAGUGCUCCAGCAUGUGUUUUUACUUUAUGGAGGGCUGCAUGGUGUUGCGGACAGUAAUGGGAAAGAAGGUAGUGUGGGUGUGUGGCAACAACUUCUAACAUUGACAAAGUCUUGGCAUUUUUUAGAAGCCAGAGUUGUCACACGUUUUGUUCUGAAAGCCAUUUGUCUGUAAUCUUCAAUUGUAGUAAUAAUCAUAAUCAUCAUCCUGCUGGUGCAGAGGAUGUGUGGGAGAAACAGGCCUCCUUGAAAAUUUCCUCCGAGCCUGUGCCAAGCCUGAAGCAAUCUUUUUUUCAUGACAGAAAGCCGUUCUCACGGCGGUGGGUAGCAGCCCAGCUGCGACGUGUCAGCGCUGAGUGCUACAUCCCGCUCUGGAGCAGCACGGCUCCACUGCAUCCUUUCGUCAAGUGUGUAGGAAGCGGCGUGGUCAUUUCUUCAGAAGCAGGGAAAUGGAGCCCUGGCUCUGCUGCAAUGUUAUCUGAGUCAGCAGAGCGGCCCUGUGCCCUUGCAGCCCGCUGUGCAGAGCGGUGGUGCCGCAUGGCAGCCCCUGGGACGCAGUGCAGCCACACAAAACGGAUGGGCCUGUCAGAGCCGUGCCGUGUGCUUAUGGCUGGGGAGGUGCUGUGGGCACAGGGCUUGCCACUGCUGCAGAAAAUUGCCCUGUAGGGUGUCGUUUCUUGUGCUUGUUCCUAGCCUGAUAGCGUGUAGUAGGAUUGAGUUUUGGAAGCUGGAUGAAAAUCAGUUCUUUUGAGUUUAAAAAUUCAGCCAGGUGUGGUUGGUCGAGUCAUUUUUCUGUCUCCUUGUGCUUCAUAGACAUUUCAGUGGUGGAUAUCAUCACGAGCAUGAGGAAUGAAGUGAUCUAAAACUCUCCACCAAGCAGGGAAAUAGUAUUAUUCCUGUUUUAUUCAGAGGGAGAUGGAAAUAAGGGGGUUUGAUACAGCUUGUCCAACAUCACAUGUAGGAUCUCUUUAACAAAAACCAGAUCUCUCAUCUCUUAAUCUGAGGCAUUAGCUGCAACAACAUCCUUCUUCCUUAACCAUCCCUUCAUACACGCAGUAACUUUGCACUAACGGUUUGUUUUUAUUGGGCAUUGCCUUGAGAAGCGAUUUCUUUGAGCAACGGCCAACUCACUGGCUUUUGUUCAGCAGUAAUGACAUGGCUUAACAUCAAUUCAGGAGCAUGCCAGGGCUUUGCACCUGAACAGGCAUCCAGAGGUCUGAACCCUACAUCCAACACUUAGAAAAACAUCCCCUGAUAUUGUUUGGAGAGAAGCAAUGAGGAAGGGUAUGAAUGCAGAUGUGUGACGCAUGCCAGCUGUGGUGAUCUUAGGUACUUGGGCCUGAUUCUUUCUUGUGUUAUGCUGUAUCAUUGCUCCCUGGUUCAGUCUGCACUGUUUCCCUCAGAAAGGUGGGGAGGGGAAGAUGUGACCUCAUGUCAGUGAUGCUGGGCCUGAGCACGACUCCACAGAGGCUGGCUGGUGGUGGGCAGGAGGAAGCGAAGCUUUGGUGGUGGUAGAGGGGCAGUGCUGGUUCCUACAGCAGCACGGGUUGUUGGGAGUGCCAGGGCCUUCCCUGCCACCCUGAAGUUGUAUUGUACUGCUGGGUCUCAACAGCAUUGCUGUGACUGAAUUUGUUUGCUGUUUGCAAUAGUUUUCUCUUGGGGUCACAGAUCAGGCAGUUUUGGCUUGGUUUUAGUUACCAUCUGACCUCCUCUCUGCUAGUUCUCUUCUGCACUUGCUGUGUUGCAGUCAUUUUGCUCUGGGCUGUAUUCUGGGAAAAACUAGGACAAGCUCCUUGAUGCCUUUGGUAGAUGUUAUGCCUGGAAGGUGGCCCAGUGCUGUAAGAAAUGCUCCUGACUAAGAGAAGCCAAGAAAUAAAAAGUUAGGAUAGCAUUCCAGUUAAAACACGGGAGUACCUCGUGCCAUUUCAGAGCGGCUUAGCCUAUGUCAUCACAGCGCUGAAAGAAAGGAGGACCCUGCGCCGCAGUUCCCAGAAGGCUACUGAUGCAUAAACAGCGACUCGAUGGAAGAGUUUCCAGUGAUAACCGAGAACAACACCUUCUGUCUGCCUGUUUUGCGAGUAGUGCUGGGGAGGACAGCCCCACAAGGCAGGCCCCAGCGUGCACUUCUGUUGGUGUGGGUGCUGCUGGCAAGAGCUGGUUCUCCUGCUAUGGAUUUGUCAAGCUCUUUCUUUAACCGGGCUCUGGCCGGACGGCGCUAUUGCUGUGUAAAGGGUGAAUACUGAAAUGUUAUCAUCUAGUCCUGAACAGCCGCAAACUCGCUGUUUUUCAUCCCUGCUGAAUUUGCCAUCCCUACUGAGUUAUUCUUAGAAUGUUGUUGAAUAAAAGCCUAGCUUGUCUGCGUGGUUUCUUUUUUAUUGUAUUUGUGCAUUGAAUCUAACCUACGGACAAUGGUGAGUGUCAUACAGAUUUGUGGAAAUGCUCCUACUUCUUUGUCUUGUGCCUUUUUUUAAAUGAAGCGGUCUCUGAAGUGUUUAUCUACAAGCAUAAAAGCCCCUAUAAAUUGAUGCAUAUUCCUAACUUUGUAAGACUUGCAUAUUAAUCUGCUUAUUUUCCAUUUGAACAAAGGGCCUCCGGAACCCACAAACAUAGUCAUAACUCUCCUGAUCUGGUUUGCUACAAGGUUUUGCUUGACUACACAGAUGUUUUCCAUGUAUUUGGCAAAAGAGGGGUCAAAGCCUGCAUCUGGCCCACUAUUUCUGGCAAAACCCCUGAUGUGCUUAAUCCUUUUUGAACAUGAGUAUUCUGAGAGCUUAUUUGAUUUAUUAACCUGAUUUUUUUAAUGCGGAGAAACAAUGUGGAACAGCGACCUUCGUUCAGGAAAAUGCUUGUCCAAAUAUUUCUGCUCUGAAUCCAUCAAAGCUCAAUGCAGAAUGCGUGAAGGACUGGUGUGCGCAACAAGGCUACUCAGGGACGCAGGUAAGCCUGUGUACUUCUCUUUGCAAGGCUUGGGUAUGCUUGGCUCUUGUGGCCUGCAUUGUGCAGUGGGACCCGCACCAUGAAAUUAUGCAAACGAGGUCUGGAAGAGGGGUCGGGUUGCUUAUCUCCGUGGCUGAGAGUCCCAGGCUGGCCAGUGUUGCAUGGGGCUCUUCGCAGUGAUCCAUACAGGAAUGGACUGAGCUCGCCUGAGAAUCACUACAGGGCAUGUGUGGACUGGUCAUUUGCAGUGUUGCUGAACGAGCAAGAAGAGUUGGUUCUCAGGAGAUAUUAUGCUAUGCAGUUUCAUGAAACACUCCUCUCCAUCUCCCCAGAGAGCAGGAAAUCACUUUUUCCCAUGUGCUUUGGAAAUGUGCAGUGACUAAGCAUCAGUAUUAUCCCUGUUCUCCAUUAGCUGAGUGGAGGUAUCCGAGUGUCCCCAGUGUGUAUGGAACUGGGUGCUGUACAGACUUGAGACAGAUGGAUGCCAUCCUCGAGGGCCUUGCAAUAGAAGUGUAUUUCCUCAGUGAAUGGAAGUGUUGCAGGAUGAGUAAUGCCCUUAACAUUUUCUACGGAGCUUUGCAGUCUGUAUGACGGGGCUGUAGUCUGGGUCACUAUUCCUCCCUUCCUAUUACUCACAGAUAAACUGACUAAUUCACACAUUUUUGGCCAACAGUUUUCAAACUUGGCUGCCUAAAAGAAAGCAUCUUUAAUGAGAGCGGCUGGCUUUCAGAAGCUGCUGAGGAGCCACUGAUGCCAAGCAGAGCCCAAUUUACAAUAGUUGAGCCAAGUCUUCUUUACUACUGCAAACCCCAGUAGCACUAUCUCUGUAACUGGGAUUAGAAAGGUACCAGGCUCCAGCCGGCCCCGAGAGCAGUGCAGCAGCCAGGAGCAGGCCAGGCGUGUGGCGGAUGCCCAGGGAGGUAUCUGUGGGGGAUGAGCACUGCUUUUGCAAGCUGGGUGUUGGAAAAGGAAACCGAUGGAAACAAUAACCAAAGCCAAUAAACAGUCUUGUAUGCAACAAACUUUAAAAUUCUCCAUUUCGUAAGAAAUAGCAAUUGCUCGGGGCCAAUAUCAUAAACGCCCAUCUUAGAGUGCUUCCCUCAGCUCUGACCAUGACCAGAUGUUUUGUCAAAUCCUGUUAACCUCAGUUUCACAAGUUCAGGCUUUUCCUGUGCUUGGGGCCAGAACCAAAGCUCACUGGUGUGAUGGAGGGCCUCCUUGGGACGCAGAGGCUCCAGGUCAGGGCUUGAGAUGUUUGCAAACCUCUGAGAUGGUUCACAUGAGUAUUGGAAAGCAGUUCUCAGACAGCUCUCACUGUGUUUUGAGUACUGUUCACUUCUGGGCUUUGAAAAUGUGUCAGUAUAGGCAUCUGUGAAAAUCAGCCUCUGUGAGAGACACUGAGUGAAACCUGGGGAUGAGGAAGGACAUGCUUCUAAAGACUCGUGAAAAGCUGAGCUCACGCAACUUGUGUUACGUGUUGGAUGCAUUUUAUUCUCCUCUUCCGCAGAGAAAUCUCAAUGGGCGUGACAGAUGAGGCUGUACUUCAGACAUUAGUCAGUGAUUUUAUGUGCUAAUAUUAAAUAUUAGCCCUUUAUAUUCUUUCCCACAUCACAUGUUGUAAGCAUAUUGUUGAUUUAAUGCUGAUUUGGUAUGUCUUUUAAUUGCCACUCUGAACACUUCCACUCAGCCAGAGGACAGACCUGCAGUGAGAUUGGAGAUGUGUAGGAAGGCAAUACAAUGCAAGAGAAGUCUGGAUGUUUCAAAACAUACUGUUUUUCAUUCUGCAUGUAUGGCAUGGAUUGAAUAGCAGCCAUCCAGAAAGCAAAAAUUCUAGUGACAGAGUCAGAACUCUUGUACAGAGUAGAGAUUUGCUGUUCCAUUUCACUCUUUCAUCCUGGUGUGACUUUGUGACCUCAAGAAAUCCCUUUUUAUCAUGAAAGCAGUCUCCGAGGUGAGCUCAGUGGACCUGCAGGUAAGUUGAGAGAGGCAGCAGGUCUCGUGGGCUUUCCUUCUAACUUCUGUCAGGGGAGAGAGAAGUUGGUGGGACACAGACACGGCAAAAAUCACUGUCUUUUUCUCCCAGUAACCAUCAGUUAUCACACAGGUAGGUGUUUCCAAAAAUCCUUUCUUACUCAGCAGUGUUGGUUGGGUUUUGGAUGUCUAUUCUGACUGGAAGCAGCUCUGAAGGAGCCAGACUGUAGUGAGACUGGGGUUCAUCUCGGUUACAGUCUGAUCUUCUGAACAAUCAGGACUGAGUAACCCCCAGCUGGAUUGAGACUGAAGAGAGCUAGGACUGGCACAGAUGUUGCAUUUCAUGCCUCAGUUGCCUCUUAGUCAGCAUACAGCAGCACAGUGGGAUUGGCUUGGGGCUCUGAGCCUGUCAGGGAAAUUUUUCUUCUAAUCCAUAAAUGUAGGGCAUCUGUCAGAUUUAUUUGGUUUUCACUUAUCCCAUGGUGAUAGUGUGGCUUGGUGUCCAUUUGACAGUUGUCCAGUGCUUAGGUACUUUCUGGGCUGCUUCAGUGCAAAAUCCAAUGCAUAAAUUUCUCCUGUAAUAACUCCCUUAUUUCACAUUCUUGUCUAUAAAAUCCUUAAAUAUUUCUGCUCCAGCCUACCCCCUUCUCCUGCCUACUCACAUCUUUUACUUCCUGUUAUAAUAACACUCAGAAAAGUCAGUGGAAGUCUUUCUGUAGCUUCUGCAAGGUCUACAUCUUGUUCAUCCAUCUAGGGAGUCCUUAAACUCUUAAAUAUCACCGCCUACAUGAAACAGCACCUUCCUUUCCUAUUAAGCUUGAAUAGAGACAAUUUUAGGGACAGGAUGUAUCUGUUUUUUAACACAGCUUGUGUUUCCCAGAAUCGGCACCAUCAUGAUUAUGUCUUACUUCUGAUGUUGGAGAGCUACCUCCAGGAGCUCAAGCUGUGAAGUGGUGAACAAAACCCUCAACUAUCCCAUGUGCUUCUUUAUACAGAUGAAGACUGACACAAAGAAGCUGGAUGGUGUCUUAAGGUGAAGAAAGAUGCAGCAGCAACCCAUGGUGGUGCUCCUGGAGAGCAGCGCGGUGUAGCUGGACCCUGGGGACCACCAGUGUCCCUGCCUCUGCAUCACUCCAUCCAGCAGCUCCUGGGAAGCACUUCAGUAGGCAAGGAGGUUCCCAUCUUCCAGGCUGUUUGGGCAUGAAGUGCUCCAGCAAGUUCACUGACUUACACUGUUAUUCUGAAGGUCUCUGUAUCCACGUGACAAGUGCAGUCCGUAUGGACUACCUACAGAUGUUAGAGGUAUCUAUUCCUACCUCACUCUUGUAUGUUUGCUACUUCAUCAGUACGUUUAGAUUCUCUAGAACUCAAGAUAAUACAGUUUUAAGUCUGAAUCCCCACGAUUCCACACAAAGAUGAGAUAUAUUGAAGGCCUAAAUGCUCAGUUGUGUGCAUUAUUUCCAUUGGAUUGAGAGGAGAUUGAAAACUGGAGAGAUGGACAUCUGCAUGGUCCAAGAAAUGAACUAGCACUGGAUCAUUUUUUUCCCCUCUGAGUUAUGCUGACAGCAGCCAUAACAUCAUGGCUGAAAAGUUUAUUUACUAUGUAAAGGCCAUAUUUUCCCUUCUUAUCCCAGCUCUUUCUGGCUUGCAUUGCUUGGCAGUAUCCCCUCAACCACUAACACCCAGAGGCGUGGCACUAUACUGGGAUGAAAAAUGAACAUGCAGAAGAAUAUUGAAGAUUUAAGUGGGUAUGGUUCUAAGAAAACCAGUGGAAAACAUGCUUACUCCAAGCAUCUGUAGCACCUAAUUGAGGCAGUGAUAUUUUAUGUAAGAACACAGGGAAUAAUUUUCUGCUUUCUCUUUGGAUUUGAAUUUUGCUUUGAAUCGAUGUGACAUAAUCCAUGGAAUUAUUUUCUUACAGCUGCAUUGGAAACUUUUUGCCCAUAGACAAGGAUGUGUUAAUCAGGGUGAAAAAGCUUACAGUCAUUCAAGCUCUGCUGAUUUCUAGACUCUUUGUUAGGAACUGUUGCUUCCUCUUAAUUUACCGAAAUCUAGUGCUCAGUAAACACUAUUAUUUUUGAGCUAUUAAUGUUGCUAUAAAUCUGAAUGCUAGAAAGAAGGUGGCAGAUUGUGAUUAAAAUGGAGCUGAUCUA